AUGGCUGAAGAGAUCCGCGAGACAAAGGCCGCACCGUAUUUGGAGAGUCCGGUGGCGUCGGACACAGAAACGGCAGGCCGCAAGAUCAGCGAGAAGUCACUGCUUCGCAAGAUUGAUAGCAGGCUCUUGCCCGCUGUAGGACUACUGUAUCUUUUGUCGUUCCUGGACCGAAGCAAUGUUGGAAACGCCCGAAUCGAAGGCCUGUUAACCGAUCUACACAUGACUGAUGAUCAGUACCUCAAUGGGUUGACAUUAUACUUCGUUGGCUAUGUCUUGUUCGAAAUCCCAUGCAACAUUAUCCUUAAGAAAACCACGCCAAGGAUCUGGCUUCCUGUCCUCACGAUCGCCUGGGGAAUCGUCGCAACCCUGUUGGGUGUAGUAGAGAACUACGCCGGCUUCCUCACCGCACGAUUCUUUCUCGGUGUAACAGAAUCUGGUCUCUUUCCUGGUGUCGUCUACUACUUUUCCAUGUGGUACAAGAGACGCGAGCGGCAAUAUCGUGUUUCACUCUUCUUCAGUGCGGCAUCGCUUGCUGGUGCAUUUGGCGGUAUACUAGCUUACGGUAUUGGGCGGAUGGGGGGUAUAGUAUGGGCGAAUGGAUGGCGGUGGAUCUUCAUUCUCGAGGGGAUCUUCACGGUGGUGGUGGCUGUCGCAGCAUUUUGGUUUAUCCACAACUACCCUAACACUUCGACCUUCUUGAACGAUGACGAAAGGGAACUCAUACAGCAGAGACUGUCUUCAGACUCGGAUGCUACGAACGAGGAACACUUCACCUGGGCUGCGGUUGUUGAGGCUCUGAAGGAUCCCAGUUGUUGGCUUUAUGGCCUUGGCUUCCACACCAUGAGCUUGCCGCUUUACACACUUUCCCUCUUCUUGCCAACCAUCAUCACGAACCUAGGCUACACAGCUGCCAAAUCCCAGUUGCUUACCGUUCCUCCAUACGCCUUCGCUUUCAUUACAACCUUGACCGUUGCAAUCGCAUCGGAACGUCGGGGGCAGAGAGCACUCUUCAUCGGUGGCUCUUCCCUCUUCGCUGCCAUUGGAUACGCCAUCCUGCUUGGCAAUACCGAUCCAGUUGCCAGGCCAGGAGUCUCCUACGUGGGUGUAUUCUUCGCGGCUGGUGGAAUAUAUCCCGCCGUUGCACUUGUGCUAUCGUGGCCAGCCAUAAAUGUUUCAGGCCAGACAAAGCGGGCCACAGCAAACGCCAUGCAGAUAAGUAUCGGGAACUGUGGCGCGGUCAUCGGUACACAAUUGUACCGAACUACGGACAGGCCGCGAUUCGUGGUAGGACACAGUGUUGCGCUUGCGUAUUUGCUUGCAAACAUUGCUGUUGUGGCCGUCUUGGGUUUUCGGCUGAAGAAGGAGAACCAGCGCAGAGAGGGUGUUGCCCCUGAAAUCAAGGAUGUCGGGCAGGUUGUCGACUGGAAGGGUGACUCGGAUCCUAGAUGGAGGUUUGAAUACUAG